AUGUCAUGCUUUGACUUCAGUUACCUUGCCCUUUCUGGCCUCACCGUCGCAUCUUUGCCACACUUCCUCCCACCCAACCUCAAAGUCAUCGUGGCGGGUCUUUCCCUCACCAUAGCCAGAUCUUGGCACUGCAAAGAACCUGGAAACGACUUGCGUCGCCAUCCCAAAGAUGCCCGGCCUCGGUUGACCAAAAGGAUCAUCUUGGUCUACCUAUUCUUGGCUGCUAAUGGAAGGCGUGUGAAGGUCCAUAACGUACGUCUGCGCCUGCGUGGACCGCUUAUCACGGUGUGCUCAGCGUGGCUUCUCACUUGCAUUUACCCCAAGCCCUCACCUCACCGACGUAUCCGUUCCUACCCCUCCCCUUCUAUUCAGCUUUCCGUCGCAUUCUACCUCACCUUGCCUUGCCUUACCGUAACGUACCUUGAGGCAGCCAAGGAGAAGAAAAGUCCACAGCCAAUCGGUUCCAACUCCCUCCAAUCAAUUCUCCAUCUUCAUCACAUACCCCAUCCCAUCGGCAUCGCCAUCGCGGCUUGCAGUCUCCCAAGACACGCACACUUUUGCUCCCAGCAGAACCUCUCGCCAGUCACCCCUCCAUGCCAACCACUUGCCCAUCUUCUCGCGCUUACCAACCAGAAACGAUCUUCCCCCUCUAUCGGCCAUUGGCGCUCAGCCAAUCAACGCCAGUGCGACGCGCAGGCAUCGAGACGUGGUGCGGCUUGCCUUGGACACUACUCGACGAUCCUGGACCAAGAUUCCGUCUUGAUCACCCUUCUACGCCAAAAUGUUACCAUAGCCUGCAUCUCAUCCUCCAUCUCCACAUCUCGGCCGGCCCCUUUCCGUUUUGCCUCAAGAACCAAUCCACGAUGCCUCGCAGACAUCCUCGUCCUCUUCAUUGAUGACCCUUGGCAGUCACCAGUGUUUGAUCCAACUACGCCAAGAUCCUAUGGUCAGAUAACUAAUCAUGUCUUACAGCCCAAAUUGGAAACAUCCCCGCUAUCGAACCAACGAUCCAACUACAAGCCACGACGAUCUCGAUGCCACUUCUCCUACCCUAGGUCCCUUGCCUGCUACCCUACUCAGCAUCGAAGCGCCUCACGCUUGGUUUCCAUGGAUAAUUCCCCACCUUACACCAUCGCCAUCGACCUGAUUGACACCAACCUCUAUGCACCGCUUCCCGGCAUCUUUCCAAAGAAAAUCAAUAACAGCUACAUUAUACUCCGCAUCGAGGAUAAGGAGCACAAUUGUUCUCUACGGCCCGAAAUUUUCCUCACUUUUCAUAAUACCUUCAAAGCACUACGAUAUAUCCGAAGCAAAUGCGAUCCUACUCCCCGAGCUAAUGCUAAAGUAACCAUCGGAGUAAUGCAUUGUCGCGAAAACACCACUGUCACUCCACCAAUCUGUAUCAGGUCAUUUUCUCAACGAACACAUGCAAAGGUAUACCAUCAUUUGACACUUAGCACACAGCCGACUUCCGAAGCUCCACUGGCUGCAGCAUCAGCCCUGGUGCUGGACGUCACACAUGAGGAUCAUGCAACAGAGACUCGGAAAUAUACGCCAAAAGGGAAAAGCAAGUUCGCAAGGCAAAUUGACAACACCCCCUUUACCGUUUACGCGCCCAUCGGCGAAUUAUCGACUUGUCUUAGGUCGCAAAUCGCUGGAUCCCAAGAUGGCAGCUAUGUCUCACCCUCUUCAACUGCGAACUGCAACACCUACAAGCAUUCAAAUACCAAGCCAGAGAGGCUCUGCUGGACGUCACAGAUUACGUCAGUUGUCGAGGGCGACACGGCGAAGUUCACGAUGAAUGGCACUAGAAGUACCAAGGGAACCACCUCCGCCUCUCCGCGGCCGAUCAAAUUGGAAAAGUCGCAUGCAUAUCCAGGAGGGGACAUUGCUCGAGAUUCAGGAGACUCUUCGAAUCCUACUUGCCACGGCGGAAGCUCCGCUCCGAGGCCAGCCGCUCACAUGUAUCUGCCCAGGGUUGUUGGGGCUUCCCGGGAUACCGACUUGGCCUCCCGACCGAAAGCUGAUCGAUUGAUAUUCAAUGGACUUCUUUUGACCCUUGACUGCACGGAGCCUCUACGGCUACAUCCGCGGUGA